AUAUGUAUAUUAUUUAAUAAAUAUUAGUUUUAGUGUUUAAGCAAUCGUAAUUUGUAAUUUUUUAAUUGUAAUAUAUAUUUUGUAUUAUUAUUCGAAAACGGCUCUGACGUUUUCUUAAUUCGACACCGUUCUACGUCGCCCGAUACAGUCCAUUCUGUGGCCGUUACGGCCAUAAUCACUCCACUAUUCUUCCUCAUCUCUAUAAAGACUGAAAAUCGUUGUUGAAAAAAUAUGAAUCAAUCAUGUUGUCCAGUUUGCACAUUGUACUUACGCCCAGGAAUAUCUCUAACUGUCCAUUUACAAACGCAUCCCAAAAAACAAGUGAUAAAAGCUUUGUUAACCCUAACCAAUCAAGCAUCCCCUUCCAAAUCAGACCAAGAAAACCUUUCAGAUGACAGUAGUUCUUCUUCAGAUUCAUCAACCCCAGCUGCAUACUCUUUUAUUAUACAAGAUAGACAUAAUAAUGCGAAAAAAAAAAAAACCAUAAAAAUACCAGAGCCGGUUAAUGAAUCCAACGAACCUGAUUUGGAGAUACUUGAGCCUGUUAAUAAUUCUGGGUAUUUUGAAUUAAGUAGUAUUUAUGAAGAGGACAGAAAUAACCCUAAUAAUUGUCCAUCACCUGAAAGCCAAAACAGUCAAGCACUUUCUGAACUACGAGAUGCUCUUGAGGAUAAUCCCGAGGAUGACAUUGAUAUUGAAGAUAACAAUGUUACUUUUGAGGAUGACUAUCCACCAGAAUUUGAACAAGGCCAACGAGGUCGCUGUAUUGGUUUUCAAGACGAAUCAAAUGAAUCAACUCAACAUCAUGAGGUGUCGGAAGAAACAGGCUCGUCUGUGGCAGGUCACUUUAAUGAUCCAUUUCAAUCAAAUGGUAAUCUACUUGAAAAUGAAGAAUAUAUAUCGCACUGUUUUUACUCAAGUGAAAAUGCUCGCAUAUCACAUACUGAUCCAGAUCCUCAACUUAACCCUCCUCAGUAUAGUACUCUUACUACAAUGGAACUACACCCAGAAUAUUUAUCCUCAAACCAUCAAGAACAUCAUUUAACUCUAGAUAUCCAAACAGAUGAACUUAUGCCAGCUCAUGGAGAAUUAUCUGGCCAAGAAAGUUUAGAGCCCCCUGAACCAAUACUUGCAUCCAUAUGGACAAUGAAAAGUAGUGAUGAUAUUCUGCCUCAUACUAGUACUGCAUGGGAUGAUACUGUACACGAAGUGAGUACUGCUGCUAGAAAUUUAAUGUGUUUAAAAAACAGAGAAGAAAUCCCUAAAGAAGAUACUAAAGAAAUAAUAGAGAAAAAAGAAGUAAAACCACUUAUUGGAAAAUUAAUUUGUCCAUAUUGCAAAUUAAAGUUCAGCGAUGUCAAAUCACGUAAAGCACAUAUCAAUGAAGAACAUAGAAAUGAAGAAGGUGUGAAAAAAGGUUUGAUGUACAUUAAACCAUUUUCAACCAAAAUAGAGACUGAUUUGGAAGAAUCAGGUCAACCAACUACUUUGAAAGUGGAAUGUGGCAUUUGUGAUCAACCUUUCGAAAAUUAUACACAAAUGACAUUGCAUUUUAUUGAUACUCAUAAAGAUAAGAAUAAUUUAUGUCCAACAUGUAACAUAGUGUUUCCUUUGAUAACGGAAUUUCGAGAACAUAUACAAAAUAUUCAUCCAUUGCCAUGUAGUUUCUGUCCAAGAAAAUUCCAUUCCCAAUUUAAUUUAACUACUCAUUUGAAACGUCACCUUCAAAUUAAGCCAUUCGUUUGUGAACAAUGUAAUAAAUCUUUUGCCAGUCGUGUUAAACUUCAAGAUCACAUGAAUGGUCAUCUCAAUAUAAAACCAUACACUUGUUCUAUGUGUGAUCAAGCUUUUAGUUGCAAAUCAAACUUAAAUAGUCAUAUUCGUAAACAACAUCAGAGUAAUGGAACUCCAAAAGAUUUUUAUUGCCAUUGUGGAGAGGUAUUUCACUCAUUAAAAAAGCUUGCAUGGCACAAGGAAACUCAUGAGGAUAAACCAAAACAAUGCCCAUGGUGUUCAGAACGUUUUGUUCACUCAACAUCUUUGACUAGGCAUAUACGACGUUCACAUGAUUCCUCUUAUUUACCUACAAAAGAUCGUGAUAUUGAAAACAUGAGCUGUCAUUUAUGUAAUAAUACAUUUUUGCGUAAAUCUUUUGCUACCCAUAUGCUCAUUCACAAAGAUUUAAGACCUUAUUCUUGUAAUAUAUGCAACCGAUCAUUUCGAACUAAAUGGAAUUUAAGAAUGCAUCAGUGGACUCAUAUGUCACGCACACACAAACCUUUUAAAUGUACCCAGUGCAAAAGUGCAUUUUAUCUCAAACAUGAAUGGGAAGCUCAUGUACGUGCACACAAUGGUGUUCGUCCAUUUACAUGCAAUGAAUGUGGAAAACAAUUCAUCAGGAAAAAACAUUGUAUGAGACAUAUGGCAGAACACGAGGAAGGUAAUCGUUCAUAUGAAUGCAAGGAAUGUGGCAAAAAGUUCCAUCGUAGUUAUUAUCUGACAGAUCACUUAAAGACACACACUGGACAAAAGCCUCAUACAUGUCAUAUAUGCGGCAAAACAACAAGUUCUAAGUCUAAUCACAACAAACAUGUCCGUACACACCAUGCGAGAGAAUCAAUAAACACUGAAGGUUGAUAUCUAGUAGAUUUAAGCUUCAUUAAUAAUUUACAAGAAAAUGGUUUUAAUAUUUAGACUUAAGGAAUAAUUUUUAUAAACUAAAUUUAUAUUUAUAGAUUCUUAAUUUUUAUUAAUUUGGCUGGUCCAAUAAAAUAGUGAUUUCAAAAUAUUUUAAUAAUAUAUCAGAAUUUUUGUAUUUUUAUUUAUUUGUUUAUUACCGAUACUGUAGAUAUGAUAUUAUAUAUUAUUAUAAAUAAUUUCUGUAAUUAAAAAUAUAAAUAAUUUUAACCGUCAGUUGUAAGUGUUUACCAUCUCUUUAAUUAAUUAUUUUAACCAUUUGAAAUGUUAUUACCAACUCGACUUUAAUAGUGAUUUAAAUUUUAAAUUGUACUUGACUGGGUUCUAGCAAUUUUUGUGAACAAAUGUGUAAUGUGUAUGUAUAUAUGUAUGUGUAUGUCCUUCGAUUGUGUACUAUUAAUCAAAGCACUUGUGUUGAGUUAUUUACCUUAAGUAUUUUUAGUUUUAUUUUAGGUACCUAUGCAAUAUAUUUUUUAAGUUUAGCAUGGUAAAAUGUUUUUUUUUAUUUAUGAUAAUAUUGAUGUUAUUUUACAAUUUUGUUUUUAUAAACUGUGGAUAUAACUUUAUAAACCUAAGUAAUAAUAUAUCCAAUGCAUCUAACUUGAAAAUAAAAUUAUAUUGUAAUUUUCAAUAUCUUGCUAUUAGAUGUACGUACAAAUAAUGUAAAUAAUUUAUAAUUUUUCAUAUUUUCCUUAAAAAUACUAAAAUAUAAAAUUAAAAUGUUUUCUGUAUUUAAUUUAUAUUUAUAUUGAAUUACGAAACAUAUUUCUUACCUAUUUAAAACCAGAAUUUACAAAAUAAGAAUAUUUUUUUUUUGUAGCCAUAGUUUUAAAAAAUAUAUGUUUACCAUAAU